CCGGGUUUCAGCAGUCUGGUCCAGAUCCUCCGCGCUCCUCCUCAGCUCGAGACGCACACAACAUCCCCAUUGUGCGCAAACGGCCGAGGCAGCUCACGCAUGCACACGCACCCUCCACACACUCCCCACUGGACGCGUUCGCGCACUCGCGCGCAACAUCGAUCGUGGCUCCUUUAAGAGAGCCCAAGCCAGAAUUAUCACCCCACCUCCUCUUGAUCUUCCUCUAGACGCUUUUGCAUAAGAAAAUCAAGCUGGGAGCCGAGAGUGAUCAAAGAAAACGAGAGGAGAGCUGCUUCGUUUUUUAACGGCGAUUGUGACCAUUAAGCGUUGAGGUGGUGCCGAUCCCGUGGAGACGCGCGUCGGAUCCAUCAUUCCUCCGCUACUUUUGACAAGCCCCCUCGCGUUGUGACUGACAGUCGGAGUGGCAGAAAAGCAAUGAAAGUGGGCAGUUUUGUUUAAAGGGGCUGUUUUAUUUUCACCCUGCUUUUUGGGAAAAGGACCCCGGCGCCGCUGCCGAGAGGACAGCCGAGGACGUGGAUCCGCCGCGCCCGGGCUGAACUUGCACUGAGAGCGAGCGGGAGCUCCUUGGAAGAAACAAGAGGAGAAAAGGGAACUCGGGAUUUUUGGCUGAAAACUCUUCUCGUUUGUUUUGGAUUUUCCUUCCUUUAUCCCGCGUCCACCCUGGCCUCAGAGGGGAUUUACCCAAACUGAAAGGACGACCAGGGAGUGCGGAGGGUUAUGGCGCAACGGUACGAAGACUUGCCCCACUACGGGAUGGACGGGGUGGGCAUCCCGACCACCAUGUACGGAGACCCGCACGGCGCCCGCUCCAUGCAGGCGGUGCACCUCAACCACGGCCCCCAGCUGCACUCCCACCAGUACCCGCACACCGCGCACACCAACUCCAUGCCUCCCAGCAUGGGCUCCUCCGUCAACGAUGCUCUCAAGAGAGAUAAAGACGCAAUUUACGGGCACCCCCUGUUCCCCUUGCUUGCACUGAUUUUUGAGAAAUGUGAAUUAGCGACUUGCACCCCCAGAGAGCCCGGGGUGGCGGGAGGAGACGUCUGUUCGUCGGAAUCUUUCAAUGAAGACAUCGCGGUGUUUGCAAAGCAGAUUCGGGCAGAAAAGCCUCUAUUUUCAUCAAAUCCAGAGUUGGAUAAUCUGAUGAUUCAAGCCAUUCAAGUUUUACGAUUUCAUCUUCUGGAGCUGGAGAAGGUACACGAGCUGUGUGAUAACUUCUGUCACCGGUACAUCAGCUGCUUGAAAGGCAAGAUGCCCAUCGACUUGGUCAUAGACGACAGAGAGGGCGGGUCCAAAUCAGACAGCGAGGAAAUCACAAGAUCGGUGGCGUUGGAUCAGACAUCCUGGAACAGAGACCACGACGACACGGCGUCCACUCGUUCCGGGGGUACGCCGGGACCGUCCAGCGGGGGACACACGUCGCACAGCGGGGACAACAGCAGCGAACAGGGUGACGGCCUGGACAACAGCGUGGCUUCGCCGAGCACGGGCGACGACGACGACCCGGAUAAAGAGAAGAAACACAACAAAAAAAGAGGGAUUUUUCCGAAGGUGGCCACCAACAUCAUGAGAGCGUGGCUCUUCCAGCACCUAACACAUCCCUACCCCUCAGAAGAACAGAAGAAACAGCUGGCGCAGGACACAGGCCUCACCAUCCUACAAGUGAACAACUGGUUCAUUAAUGCGCGGAGGAGAAUAGUGCAGCCCAUGAUCGACCAGUCAAACCGUGCAGUAAGUCAAGGAGCUCCCUACAAUCCAGAUGGCCAGCCAAUGGGUGGCUUCGUCAUGGACGGCCAGCAGCACAUGGGAAUCAGACCACCUGGGCCGAUGGGUGGAAUGGGCAUGAACAUGGGCAUGGAAGGUCAGUGGCACUACAUGUAGCCCUACCCGAGUCUGACCAAUCACAACACAGUGGGGGAUAGCUGGAGGGGAAUCGCGUGUCACCCAGAGGCCCGUGGAGCUUUGGAACGGGACACCCUGACUUCCCGAUGCCAGUAACCGACGAAAACAAGUUUCCAGAUUCAGCAACCGUUUUAUCUGCCUGAUGCCUGCCAUGCAGACAUCUUCCGUGGCUGCCUGUAAUCUCUCCACCAGAAUCGAACUGAGCUGAGUCGAUCAAAAAGUCGCCCAACGACGGUGAAACCCGACUCCUGGCAGAACACCGCUUCUUCUUCUCCGGCCGGCACAAGACUUUCAGCCUCUUCGCUGGUGCCCAGACGCCCCACGCUGAUUCCUCCAUCAAAGUGAUUGUGAUUGACUUUUUUUUUGGGCAAUUUGUCCGUACCUCUGGUGAAUGUGGCACCUGGUUGAUCUAUUCUCGACUCCUGCCGGCAAACGUAAAAAGACUUGUCACGAGGAACGCUCUACUCUUUGGGACAGUGGACGGGGACCAAAGAGAAGCCAAUGUCUGUAAACGGACAGAACGCUGUAGUGAAACAGAGGAGGUGCCCUUUGAAAAAAAAAAAUACUGCGGAUUGAGACCCGGAUGGAGAGAUGGCGAGAGUAAUGAAAUUAAAAAUAUAAAACUAUAUCAAGCCCUAGUUUGGGAAGUGAGUGGAGAAAGAAAAUAUACUGUAUACUGUUGUAAAAUUACGCUGGACUCUCACAAGAACUGGGAAACUAAGUAUUGUAAAUGCUAUUGUAUUGUUCUGCAUAUUAUGUUGUUUCUAAUAGAUUUUUUAAAAAAGGAUGUGAA